GAUGGAGGAGCUCGCGGCGCUGAGGCAGCGGCUCGGGCCCGCGCAUCGCUCCGCUGCGCGCGCGGCAUGUCGGCACGCUGCGCAGACACCCACGCGACAGCAGCACGGCUUCCCGCCGCUUUUGGAUGUUUUUAGCCCGGCAGAGUAAGGAUUCCGUUUCACCGGGGGGACAGCGGUGAGAACCCUCCGCGCCCCCCCCCCCUCCACCAUGGUGCACCACUCGGGGUCCAUUCAGUCCUUCAAGCAGCAAAAGGGCAUGCAUACCAGCAUCAGCGAGAUAAUCAAGGAGAAGAGCCUAAAGCCAUCUCGUCGUAGUCUGCCCUGCCUGGCCCAAAGCCAGACACACCCCCAGAACCUGAACCAUAUCCUGUCAUUGCCCCCUCUGUCCCGGCCGACGCCGCUGGCCCGCAGCACCAGUCCCUCCUGCACUCACAUCGCUCACAAGACAGUGGAGGACGUGAGGGACCAGUAUGCCGAGGAGUCCGAGGCCGGGGCCUACGGCUCAAGGACAGACCAGUCACUCCUGAUACAGAAACCUUCCACUAGAUCCCGACUAGAGACCCGCACAGAGUCUCUGCAGGCGAGUAACCCUACGGCCCCCUCUGGACUGGUGUUUAGAGACGGGAAGAAGCGCAUUGAUUACAUCUUAGUGUACAAGAAGUCCAGCCUGCAAGUGGAGAAGCGGUGCACCUUUGAGAGAAAUUUGCGUGCCGAGGGGCUUAUGCUGGAGAAAGAGCCUUCAUUGACCAACAGUGACAUCAUGUUUGUUAAAAUCCACGCCCCCUGGGACACGCUGUGCAAAUAUGCCGAGCAGAUGAACAUCCGCAUGCCCUUCAGGAAGAAAUGCUAUUUCACAGACUGGAAGAGUAAAACCAUGGGCAGGUUCCAGCUGCGGUUGCGUCAGCUGAAGAGCUGGCUCCCUAAGAACCCCAUGAAGCUGGACAAGGAGGCUCUCCCCGACCUGGAGGAGACAGACUGCUACACAGCCCCCUUCAGCAGAGCGAGGAUGCACCAUUUCACCAUCAUCAACAGAGAGACUUUCUUCUCCAACUCUACAAGGAGCAGGAUAGUUCACCACGUUCUGCAGAGAACCAAAUAUGAGGAUGCCAAAUCCAAGAUGGGUAUCAAUCGGUUGCUUGGCAACGGGACUUAUGAGGCCGCCUUUCCUCCCCACGAGGGUGGUUAUAGAAGCAGACACCCAAUCAAGACCCACGGUGCCCUGAACCACAGGCACCUUCUGUAUGAGAGAUGGGCCCGCUGGGGAAUGUGGUACAAGUACCAGCCGCUGGACCUCAUCAGACGAUACUUCGGGGAAAAGAUCGGACUGUAUUUCGCAUGGCUGGGGUGGUAUACUGGCAUGCUCAUCCCAGCCGCUUUAGUUGGACUGCUGGUCUUCCUCUAUGGCCUUUUCACCAUGGACUCUAGCCAAGUGAGCAAAGAGAUCUGCGAGGCGAACACCACCAUCAUGUGUCCCAUGUGUGAACGGAACUGCAGCCCCUGGAGGCUGAGCGACAGCUGUAUCUACGCCAAGGUGACACACCUCUUCGACAACGGCGGUACCGUGUUCUUCGCCAUCUUCAUGGCAAUAUGGGCCACUGUGUUCCUGGAGUUCUGGAAGAGAAGAAGGGCAGAACUCACCUAUGACUGGGAUUUGAUUGAUUGGGAAGAGGAAGAGGAGGAGCUGCGUCCCCAGUUUGAGGCAAAGUACUCGAGGAUGGAGAGGGUGAACCCAAUCUCCGGCAAGCCAGAGCCCUUCCAGCCUUUCACAGACAAGCUCAGCAGGCUUAUGGUCUCUGUUUCUGGAAUAUUCUUUAUGAUUUCCCUGGUACUGACGGCCGUCUUUGCGGUGGUGGUGUUCCGCUUGAUUGCGAUGGAGCAUUUCGCUUCCUUCAAAUGGGAGUUCGUGAGGAAAAACUGGCAGUUCGCCACAUCGGGCACCGCUGUGUGCAUCAACUUCAUGAUCAUCAUGUCUCUCAAUGUGGUGUAUGAAAAGGUUGCAUACCUGCUUACAAAUCUGGAACAUCCUCGGACGGAGUCGGAAUGGGAGAACAGCUUCGCUCUGAAAAUGUUCCUCUUUCAGUUCGUCAACCUCAACAGUUCCACUUUCUACAUUGCUUUCUUCCUGGGGAGGUUUGCAGGCAGACCAGGGAAGUACAACAAACUGUUCAAAAGGUGGCGACUGGAGGAGUGCCAUCCCAGCGGCUGUCUGAUAGACCUCUGUCUACAGAUGGAGGUGAUUAUGGUGCUCAAGCAAAUCUGGAACAACUUCAUGGAGCUGGGCUACCCGCUGCUACAGAACUGGUGGUCCCGCAGGAAGAUUAAAAAGGGGGGGCAAAAUGUUGAGAGCAAAGUGCUGCUUCCACAGUGGGACAAAGACUGGAACCUGCAGCCCAUGAAUGCCCAUGGGCUGGUGGAUGAGUAUCUGGAAAUGGUCCUGCAGUUCGGCUUCACCACCAUCUUUGUGGCAGCCUUCCCCCUGGCCCCCCUCCUGGCUCUGCUCAACAACAUCAUCGAGAUCCGGCUGGACGCCUACAAGUUCGUCACGCAGUGGAGGCGGCCCAUGCCAGCUCGAGCCACGGAUAUCGGUAUUUGGCACGGGAUCCUGGAGUGGAUCGGUGUCCUGGCAGUCAUCACCAAUGCCUUUGUCAUCGCCAUCACCUCCGACUACAUCCCCCGCUUUGUCUACGCCUUCAAGUACGGCCCCUGCGUGGACAAGGGCUAUCGAAAUGAGAAGUGCUUACGUGGCUACAUGAACAGCAGCUUGUCCGUGUUUGACAUGGGGGAUGACGAGAAGGGUCACAGAUACUGCAGGUACCGGGACUACCGAGCGCCUCCUUGGAGCGCCGAGCCGUACGACUUCACGCUGCAGUUUUGGCACGUUCUGGCAGCUAGACUGGCCUUCAUCAUUGUCUUUGAGCACCUGGUGUUUGGCAUCAAGUCCUUCAUUGCCUACUUGAUCCCGGACAUGCCCAAAGACCUGUGUGACCGCAUGCGACGGGAAAAGUACCUGAUGCAGGAGAUGAUGUAUGAGGCUGAGCUGGAGCACCUGCAGAAGGAGAGGAAAAAGAACGGAAGGCAGUACCACCAUGAGUGGCCUUAGGUCCUGUGGCCCCCACCCAGCCCGAAAAAAAGAAACGUCACUGUUGCUGGGGGAGGCUAGCUUCGCCGAGCUGCAUCUGCAUGUGUGGAGCAAACGUCAUCUAGCGUAAAGACACACUCGACCCCACACACACCUCUGUCUACGCGGCUUCCGUAUCCAAAGUGAAGGUCGGUACUCAUCUUGGUCCUUUCAACGCUAGCCGCCCCAGCUCAGCUUUGCCUGACAAGAUGCCGUCAUGCCUGUGCAGCGUCCGCACUUUGAAGGAGACCCCGUGCAAUUGUAAUGUUUACUAUGCAGAUCAAGGGCUGUAGAUCAACGCUUCGUUCCACUUCGGCCAUUGCAGUGGCGACCAGGCACCUGGCGCAUGGCCAUCACAGACACCUCCGUCCCCCCCAGCCUGCCUAGAGGACCCUUGCACCACCCAUGGACAGCAACAUGGACAACGGGUUGUCUGACUGCAACUUUAAUUGCAUAUCGUGGUACAUAUUCCGACCUCGGCAGUUCUUAUUGUUCGGCUACGAAAAGUAUCCAACGGAGCUUUUUGCAAAUCUACUGUAUUCUUCCCUUGAAAGCAUGCAGACUUACCUUUUCGGAUGCUUUGUUUUGUAAAUGCAAAAUAGACACAGAUAUCACCCCAUAUUCCAUUACGUAAUGCAAUGCAUGCUUGGCUUCAUUCUGCACCCAUCCAUACACCUGUGCUAAGCGUUGCAGUUUGGAUGUCGUAGUCGUGAAGAAGAGCUGUACAUGUGCUGCCCUCCCAACCCGUGGCCUUCCAUGGUCCGUGAGCCACAUCUCAACGUGGCUUCUCCUGCUGCGCGUGUAGAUAACAACCAAUACUUUGCAGGUGUUGUGCGUGCUUGUUCGCUAUGGAACCGCCUUGACGGACAGAUUGUAGGGGAUGGAAUACCAUAUUAUUCAUGAAUAAUUUAAGAUUCAUCUCUUAUAGGAGCAUAAGAGAGUGUUCUGAAUGUCCGUUCAUCACGUUGACUCUUUGCCUUCUGCCUUGAGAAUGGUCCAAUGUACAAAACUGACGGCUUUUGUCUUGCCUUACGAAUGUACAAACUCGCACAGCCAAUGCAUACAAACUGGUCUUGACCGUAUGACCGUUGAUCGGAAUGGCUGCGAAAGCUAUUCCAUAGCCGGCCCGCUCUUUGCACGCAUUGAAAAAGAAAAAUGUUUUGUGGGAUUUUAAUACCUUAUGUUACAUCACGUUGGCACAACGACUAGACAUCCUCGUAAAGCACAGUCACUGUCAGUAGCUUUUACGAAGCUUAGUACCACACAUUGUUUGGUUAGGGCAGUACACUGACAUGCAUCAUUAGCUUGGACAAUCAGCGAUUUUGUUCAAAUUUUAUUCUCCUUGCUUAUGUCAAUCGGGCACCUUGUAGUAUAUGAGAGACCUGACUGCUUUCUGAUUUAUGUUAUUGUGUUCCCAUUGGAAGGUGGGUCCGUGGUGCAAUGGCAGAGCUCUCGUCUCGCAGCGCCUCGGCUAUUUGAGUGCGGAGCAUACACGUUCUCCCCGUGUCUUCGUUGAGACUGAGUUCCGCCCACAGUCCAGAGACAUGCGGUUCAGGUGAAUUGGUGAUGCUGCGUUGCUUCCGUCCUGUCAAGGAUGCAGCCCUGCUAGACUAGCACCCGUUGAUUCCAGGAUAGGCUCUAGACCCCCCUGACCAGGAUAAGUGGUUAAAAGUGAGUUAGUGUUUGCGUCGUGUUACUUUGCAUUGACAGAGCCGGUAUUCCACAAAUAUUCUGCAGAAACUGUAUGGACAGUCGGUUCUGUCAAAUGCUGUAGUUGUAGCUGUGCUGUUCGCAUCAGUCAAAAGGAUUCUAUGAUGGUCACCUAAGUCACAAGUGACCUGGUGACAAAGAAUACAUUAAUGUCACAUUCCCAGAGACCCAACCACGUAAGUAAGGUAAAAGCCCUGCUCAAUAAUUUUUUCAAUAAUCACCCAUAUAUCAUGAUAAGAAUCAUUAUUUUAUGCAUAAAAAUUAUUAUUUUUAGCUAGGCUGACAUAGUUUUAGGAAAGUGGAACCAAGACAUUGUUGAUAUCGAUGCAGCAUAUUGCUGUAGGUCUAAGACAGUAAUACAAGCGAGGGAAAUGCUAGAAGCUUCUACUGGACUUUUUACACUGCUGAAACUCACCUUCCCAAGCACGUCUGCUGUAAUCCGUGCAGUGCGUUUCACGUGGCUUCAUUCCAUAUUCAAGGUACAGAACUGUCCCCAGUUUUCCAGCAAAGAACAAUGUAAUACUAACGAGAGGUGAGAGCGCCCUUGUUUUACGGAUCAUAUCGCAUAGACAUGAAAUGCUGUCAAUACACCGUUGCAUUUGAGUUUUUCAUUUGAUUUCUUUUAAAGUGUGAGUAGUAUGUUGUAGUCGGUCUAGAUUUGUUCUGUUGAUUCGCACCGACUGCAGCCUGGUUGGGCAAAACUUUACAAAUAUCUCUUGUAAUAAGGAUCAAUUUUUUUUCCUCCCCC